ACUGUAAUACGGUGGAAAAACAGUAACCUGAGACCAAACAUACGGCCGUUACGGAACAAUACAGCCCCAUUCCGAGGUUAGUCAGCAGCUGUGACGUAAAAUACGCCUGAACGCGGUGACGGUUUUUCCGUUUCCUGUUUUUUAUCCGUCCGCUCCUUUUCGCCUUUUCUGUCUCCAUCGACUUUUCCUCCCUCUUGGAGUCGCCAGCUCGAUAUUUCCGAGUCAGCGACAGCGACAGCGACGGCAGACGAGAAGACGAGGACGAGACGACAGACCGAAGACUGAAGCCGAAGAACGAAGAGACAGCGAGACUGCCAGCGAAACAGCGAGAGACAUCGAGACAGAGACAGAGACAGAGACAGAGACAUCGAUCGAGAGCGACAAAGAGCAGAGCAGGAGGAGAGCCCGCCCAGUGUGCAUCCUCUCGCGCCCGGCCAGCGAGCAGCCGUCCAGCCGCCGGCCGUCGACCCCUCGCUGCUGGUGCCCCGUACCGUCGCCGUCUCGCGCUGCGGUAUUACGAUGGGUCGCACCGUCGACCAGGAAGUCCACGCCGCGUUUGUCGAGUUUCGCGCCAAGGAAGACGACAAGUGUCUCUCCGUGCAGUGCAUCUACUGCCAGCAGAUCCGAGCGAAGAACACCAGCCGGCAGAAGCAGCAUCUCCUCGAGUGCCCGGCCUUGCGGGGGCACAGCAACCCGCACGCCCAGCCAGCGCCGCCGCCCCAGCACCAGCAGCAGCAGCAGCAGCAGCAACAGCAACAACAGCAGCAGCAGCAGCAGCAACAACAACAGCCCAACGGCGUCGGCGGAGCUGCCAAUGGCUACGGUGCGGCGCCGGGCGGGCCUCCGGGCGCUCCGGGGGGCUCCAGGACCGGCCACGGAGACGCUGCCCUCGACCAACGGCGGGCUGAUGAAGCCCGGAGUCAAACC